AUGAUGUUGAUGGCUGGUUCGAGCGAUACUUUCACAGACGGAAGUGGAGGUGGUCUCGACGGGCUGGGCUACGCGCGACCGCGCUCCUGCUCGGUGCCUCGCGUCACUUUCGAAGCGGCGUCGCUACAACUGCCGCACGGACAUGGACCACUCAUCCGCAGUGCCACCACGGAGGGGGCCUACACGGGUUCAUCGGUGAGCAAGCCCGCUGCGCCAUCUGCGACCGCCGCUGGACCCGCCAUGCCGCAGACGGCCACCCCUGUUCCGCAGCCCGUCCAACAGUCUCUACUCACAGCUUGCGAGGCGGUUGCUCCGGCACACGGGCCUCUGUGCGAACUGCCCGGUGUUCACCUGACCAUCCUGAAGCUGCUCUACGAGUGGACCUGCAUUUGCCCCGGUGACCUGCGUAUCCGCGAGUUUCGAGACUUUGUCAACCGGCUCGCGUGUAUGGGCGACGCCUACAAGGAGUGGGCCGACGAGCUGCGCAGGAACGCCGACCUCAAGGAACUGGAGAAAGACGACAUCAAACCCAAUGAUCUCGAGGCGAUCCACGAUGAGUACAGCAAGCUGCGAGAUCUGGUGGUGAACGGUGACCUGUUGUGCUCCAAAGAGGAGGCAGCCGUGUUAGCGGGCGUCCAGCUCCGCAUUGAAGAAACCUGGCCCAGCAACGCACGCACGCAUCAUGCCCUGGGCUCCGAGCAGCUCGGAAAGCUUGUCCCAAUCACCGAAGACGCCAAGGAUUUUGCGCUGAAAUUGCUCAUGAGCCUUCAGCCAAACUUCAUGCUCGACAUAGAGGCGUAG